AUGCUUAGUACCAAUAUCGUGCCUGCUCUCCUCGCAUCAUCCCUGCUGGUACUCGCAUCGGCAACUUCGCCGAACUUGAAUCUAUUUGCCUACGGCAAUCCGGGACCCUUGCUUGGCACGUCUUUCGGUAUUUUAGGCGCGAAUGCGACUUUCGACUAUGUAGUCGUCGGCGGAGGUAAUGCCGGGCUCACCAUCGCAAGCCGUCUGGCAGAGAAUCAAACAGUGAGCGUUGCAGUCAUUGAGGCGGGCGGCUUCUAUGAAACUGAUAAUGGCAAUUACUCCAUUGUCCCUGGGUAUUCCAGCUACUACACAGGCUCAGACCCAACAGACUAUCAGCCGCUCAUUGACUGGGGAUUCAGUACGCAACCUCAACCUGGAUCGGGAGGCCGGGUCUUGCAUUAUGCCCGAGGCAAGACUCUGGGAGGUUCCUCAGCCAGGAACUACAUGCUCUACCAGAGGCCGACAGUUGACAGCAUGCAGCGCUGGGCCGAUGAUGUGGAUGACCAGAGCUACACUUUCGAGCAUUUAUUGCCUUACUUCAAAAAGUCUACUCACUAUACUCCUCCCAACCAGGCGUUACACAGCAAUUCCUCGAACAGCCAGACUCCGGAUGCGUUCAGUCCUACAGGUGGACCGCUAGAGGUUUCCUUUAGCAAUGCUGUGAAUGCGUUUGCAACAUGGUGCCAGAAGGCAUUUAUCGCCCUCGGCAUGAAGCAGAUCGAUGGAUUUAACAGUGGUGGAUUGCUUGGCUCUGCCUUUGCGACUUUCACCAUUGACCCGCGAAACGCGCAUCGCUCCAGCUCCGAGUCGAGCUUUCUUCAGGCCGCGUUGAACAAAGGCGUCGGGCCCACAGUGUACAAGAACGCCAUGGCCCAAAAGAUUUUAUUUGACAGCGAUAAUAAGCGCGCAACAGGGGUCCAAGUAUCGACUGCAGGCACCUUUGGCACUGGAUCGGUCAACUUUACGCUCCACGCUCGUACUCAAGUCAUUCUAUCAGCCGGUGCCUUCCAGUCUCCUCAGCUACUGAUGGUGUCAGGAAUUGGGCCCUGCGACCAUCUGCAAAGCUUUGGCAUUCCCUGCAUCAAGAACCUACCAGGCGUGGGCCAAAAUAUGCAAGACCACCCAAUCAUCGGGACUGCACACCGCGUGAACGUCCUCACAGCUUCAGCCUCAGCCAACAACGCAACCUUAGCAGCACUUGGUGUGAAGCAGGCCCUUUCCAUCUUUGGGCCAGGCUACUACGGCUGGGAGAAAUUGCCCGACCCAUUCCGCUCAAACCUGACUCGCGAAUCUCGUCUCGCCCUAUCAAAUUUCCCACCCGACUGGCCAGAACUAGAAUGGUUACCCAUCAGUGCAUUCAACGGCUAUAAUCUCAACAAAGUCACUACCGAUCCGAAGGAUGGACAUCAAUAUGCAACCCUCAGCGGAGCAUUGGUUGCUCCUCUAUCUCGCGGUUCAGUCCGUCUCGCUGGCCCCAGCAUGAACACCCCGCCCUUGAUCGACCCGCAAUGGUUUACAGACCCAACCGAUAUAGACCUUGCUAUUCAGGCCGUCAAGCGACAGCGGGAUAUUUGGACGGAAUUGGCUAAACUAGGCGUGGCCGAGCACGAGGAGUAUUUCCCAGGCUCCAAUGUUUCCACUGAUGCUCAGAUUCUUGAGUUCAUUCAUCAGAGUAUGACUACUGUUUACCAUGCAUCAGCGACAUGCAAAAUGGGACGCGAGAAUGACACGAUGGCUGUGGUUGACAACCAUGCCAAUGUGUACGGUAUGCAGGGGUUGAAAGUUGUCGAUGCCAGCAGUUUUCCAUUUCUGCCGCCAGGUCAUCCCCAAUCUAUCGUGUAUGCAUUUGCUGAGAAGAUUGCGGAUGAGAUAUUGCGCUUUGUUGAAUAA